GUGUAUUUGCACGCGUGCUUGUGCACGUCGCGUGUUGAUGACGUCAGAACGCUGCUAGCGCAAACAGACUGAUUUAGCACCAAAAGUCCAGAGAUGUCGUCUUUUUGCGGCACCGGCGAUGACUUUCAAGAUGCAGGUCAAGAGACCACUGAAAAACAGGACAAGGAACAUCCACGUGUCCUCAUUCCUGAGUUAUGUCGGCUCUUCUACCAGCUGGGAUGGGUGACGGGGACGGGUGGAGGGAUAAGCCUGAAACGAGGAGACCAGAUCUACAUUGCACCAUCAGGUGUUCAGAAAGAGAGAAUCCAGCCAGAAGAUAUGUUUGUUUGUGACAUGGAGGAGAGGGACAUCAGCUGUCCUCCUGCCUGGAAGAAGUUAAAGAAGAGCCAGUGCACACCACUUUUUAUGAACGCCUAUACUAUGAGAGGGGCACAGGCAGUUAUACACACCCACUCAAAGGCUGCUGUCAUGGCAACGCUGCUCUAUCCUGGCAAAGAGUUCAGGAUAACACACCAGGAGAUGAUCAAGGGGAUUCGUAAGGGCACCUCAGGCACAAACUAUCGGUAUGAUGACUUCCUGGUUGUGCCGAUUAUUGAAAAUACACCGGAGGAGAAGGACUUGAAAGACCGGAUGGCUCGGGCAAUGGAAGAAUACCCAGAUUCAUGUGCAGUUCUAGUCCGCAGGCAUGGUGUCUAUGUGUGGGGCGAGUCGUGGGAAAAAGCGAAGACUAUGUGCGAAUGCUACGACUACCUGUUUGACGUUGCAGUCCAGAUGAAGCAAUGUGGACUGGACCCCUCAGCCCUUCCGAUGGAAGAAAAAGGAAUAGUUUGAUAUUCGAUGGUGCUUUUCAAAGAGACAUUUGUGGCAGAAAGGUUAGUGGAGUUCAAUCAGGAGAGCAGAUUGUAAUCAUUUGCCUUUCAUGCCAGCCUGCUUCAAAUUUGAUGAAAUUUGAUGGUAAGGGUAGAUUCAGGGUUGAAGGAGAUUGAAUGCCUGCGAUCUGGAAGAAUCUGAAGGAACACUGUGAAGCACUGUGGGACAACUCAUGAGUGAGCAGCUGUCAAAUCAAUGUCCUUAGGUUCAAAUGUUUCUCUAUUCAAGUCUGACUGGACUGAAAUCAAGGUCUCGGUGUAUGCCAGGCAUGAACAUCACGCUGCAUUUCACUGACUGCUUCAAUCGAUUUAGAAAAGAAAAAAACUGCAAAAAAGCCAAUAAAAUGUGUAAUUGUGUAAAAUAAGUGUAGGUUUUCUGUUUCUUAAGUUUUCAGCUAUAGUUAAAUAAAAUCCAGUUUUCCUUUCUAAAACACUAUCUUUCUCAUGUUAAUUUGUCAAUACCACCCCAGGGAGACACCUGAUGUUCUGUAUAUG